AUGGAUGGGACAUACAAUAACCCUUACGCGCAAGGGCAGUCGCAGUCUCCAUUAUCGCCUCAAACACCUGGCGGAUACCAGGUGAACGUCAGCCGUCAAAAGACAAGAAAAUGGGUCCAAGCACCCGUUCAGAACUAUGAUGGUGAUGACUGGGGCGCCGACGAGUUCGAUGACGAUGAACCACAACCACCGCCUCCUGUACCUCGAGUUACGACAGGUCUCCGAUCUGUCGGCCAACGUCCCCCAGAAUCGUACGGGCCUUCGCCCAGGUUAGCUGCUGCUGUAGCUUCCAGCUCUCGAAGCUCGAGUGGUCCUCCGUCGCUUCAGCUCCAAACUCAACAUCCAGCUGGACCCUCUCACGAUGCGACUUCGGAACCAAUCCAUAAUGUUUCAUCGCCCGUUACAGGGCGAAACGGAUCUCCUGCGCCGGUAUCUUCGGUCGCCGGGUCUUCAAAACCUCCAAGUUUUCAGCAGCAACCUGAAGUCCGUUCCUCUACCCCGCAAAGCCCUAGUAGUUCUGCUCGAGCUUCUCCUUCGAUUCGACCUGAUUUGUAUCGACAUAUAGAUGAUGAACGUAAACUUGGCGGAUCACCUUUGUCUAUCGCGGAAAACGUUGCGCCCAGGCCAAAUGAUCAUUCUACACCACCCGUUCAUAACCAACAGGGAUACGGCCAAGGAGAUGACCCUGCGAUCGACAGAGUCCAGAAGCAGCCGACUUUUGAUAGUAUCCUUGCGAAGCGUGAUGAGCUUCAUGUUGGACAGCCAGUAUCGAAUGACGCGCCCGCCGUGGGUAGCGCUGAAACUUCGCAGCAAAUCAACAACCCCAAGGAAGAAUCUGUCCUGCAUUCGCCGACUGACAUCGACAGGACACGAAUGUCCGUUAGCCCACAACUCCCUGAUGUUGCGCGCAUGUCAGUUUUUGGCGCCGAUUUCUUCUCUUCGGGCAACGGCGAUGCAAGUGUUCAAGAUCAGGUCAAACAGGAACAGCCCUUGGCAUCUAAGCAGUCGACUAGUGCUUCUAGAAACCUCUCUACGCUGAACGAAAAGCCCCAAGAGGGCGAAGACGAUGGCAAUGGCACCAGACUUGACAAUGCUUUGGCUAGCAAUUCGUCUCUUAUUCCUACAAAUGACCCACGAUCUGUUCCGCCUCUGCGUACACCAAGUCCAAACACAAAAGGGCUUUAUCCAUCUUCCGGAGACCCUGCGAGUGCCUCAACUGCAACAGGCUCCAAGAUCACGCCGACAGAACCACUACAUCCCCGUCCAUCAGAUUACUCUCCUUCCAACUACGAGCCAAACUCUGCUCUCACGCAGGGGACAAUGAAUACCUUCAAUUCGUCGCCUAUUAAGGAGAGUGAUGUUUUGAGUGAGGAGAUUAUGAGGUCCCUGAGCCCUAUCGCCCCAACCCCAAAUUCUGCUCAUGCCCGACCUGCACCAGAAAAUGCUCAAUCAUUGACACCAGGUGGUCAGAACGAAAUACAAAACAGCAGUUAUACUCUUAGUGACUACGACAAUUACUGGGCCGAUUCGAACGACAAGCCCGAGCAAGGUCAGCAAAAGUUGCAAGUUGCGAAUGCUUCUGUACACGAACAGCAGCAACAACAGCCAACCGAACAGCCACCGACUGGGGUUUCUACUUCCAGCGGACCCAAGCCUACUUCUCCGCCGGAAUCGCCGAAUGCCGAAUCGCGACGCAGAUUCUCUUGGGAGGCUGGUUUUGACCCACCCCCUAAGAUCCUCGCUGUUGAGGCUCCUACGGGAAACUUGGAAAGGGAAGGUUCUGCACCAACUUCCACACCACCAGUGGCAUCGCCAGAUGUCCAGUCCUCGCGGAACCUAGUUUCCGUCGAUACCAACCAACCCAACGAGUCGCCACGAAAUAUUGAAGCUCCGAAAAUCGCUAUCCCUCCUUCCGGAGGAAUAUCUCAUCAGGUUUCCAAGGCCAGCACACUUCCGCCAAGCCAGCAGCAAACUACUUUGGAGCCCCCUUCACCAGUGUCUGUGGAGCACGAUGAUUCCACACCUCAAGCUACAGCAGAUCGCCGUCCAUCAGUCGCGGAGGACAAAUCACUGGCUAAAACAACUUCGAAUCUCACAUCAGCAACGCCUCCCCCAGAAAAGUCGAGCAGGUCGGUUCCCUCCAGCAGCGAAUUUCCUCAGACUACUCCGUGGCGUGACAUCAUGACUUUGGCGACACCUGUUCAAAGGACCCUCAAGUUUGAAGCUGGCCGAGACGCACAUCAAGCUUGGGAGUCAGGGUUAGAUAACUGGCUAUCCAGUCUCAUGGCCGAUCAUCCCGAAUACGUCAACAGCACUGCUUCCUUUUCUGGAGCUGGCAGCAUGCCUACAAGUCAGAAAGGACACGCAUCAGGCCCCAGUGUAUCUCAGACUCAACAGCACCUCAACACGAGCUCGCCUACGACAGGACAACCGGCAACCGGAAGAUCUCGGCUCGCUGGCUCGGUGCCAUCAGGCUCCGUCGGCUUCGGUAACUCGAGCAACCAGAUCGGCACCAAGAGCAAGGAACUCAUGCAGUCUGCUGGAAAGAUGGGCAAAGGAUUGUUUAGCAAGGGAAAGAGCAAAUUGCGUGGAACUGGGGACAAGGGCGAACCAACAUCUCCGGUGCAAACAAAACUCAAGGCUGAAAGACGCGCAUCGUGGGGUUUAGAUCGUCUCACGAGAUCCCGCGCUGAUGAAACUUCCGAAAAAGACGUCGUGAACUCGAGACCUUCGACCCAAUCGUAUCAUGCUCCCCAGUCCUCCCAAUCAUCCAGUAUCCCUCCUUUUGGCCCUGUGCCUUCAACUGGCGAAUCAGGUAAGCAAGUCGCUUCACGCGAGAGUGAUAAGCCUCAGCUUUCGCAAGAUGUAUCUGCCGUCCCCAGUAGAGAACACGAUGAUAGAUCACAAUGGUAUAUUCCAACGCCUAUUGAUGAAUCUACAUGGGAUCCUUUCCGGGAGGCAAACCUUGCCAGUGCUAAGGCUUCCAAGGAAUCCAGAGCCUUGGUUGCGAGCGAAGAUGAGCCUCAGCAGAGCGUCAAUGCGGAGGCGCCUUUCAGUAAGCCUGUGUCUGGCGGCACAUUUUCUGUACCUGUCGGUGGCAGUGUUCGUAUGGUACCUUUAGAAGAACAUACUAGCUUAUCGCACCAGCCGAUGUCUGUCUACGCCACUGUCACGGCUCAAGAGACACACAGAGAUGUUCAGUAUGAGUCUCAACCUCGUUCUCCUGCUCAAGCAAACGAUUCAUCUACCACUCCACAGCGGCAUUCAUCUUUCGUUGGCUUGCCGCCUAUCAGAAGAGGCUCGACUUUUGAUGUGAACUCAAGAUCGACUACAAUCGAGCGGAGAACAACUGAGCCUAUAGACGAGCUUGUUUCGGUUGAUGCUGAAAAUUAUGACGAGAUUCUUCGCCAGCAGGGAACCAUCACAUCCGAGGUCACGGUCGGGUCGACUUUGGUCGGAACUGACUCUAUUGCGCCUGAUAAAGAAUAUAAGAAGGAUAUUGAUGAUCCAGAAACGCCUGCGAUGACUCCAGAGCGUCAACGUCGUGCUUCACAGCAACGAUCCCCUCAGGAGGUACCACGUCAUUCGCUCCAGAUGCAUCCAGCCAACCGGGGACCUAUGCCACCACAGAACCCGGAGUAUCAAAACACUUCACUGCCACUGUUACCGCCACAUUUGAUGGGUGGCGGCGGUAAUCCAGUCCAGAGAAUGCCUCCUUCCGGGCCCUGGAAACUAGAAGAAAGCCAUCUGUCGGAGCCUUUGCAUCGCGUUACCCCUAAAGCUUCGCCGCUUCUUCCAUCAGGACAAUGGAAGCUGGAAGAAAGCCACUUGGCCGAACCUCUUCAUGUUGUCAACAGAAACCGAGCUGGCACAAACGCCUCACAAAUCUCACAGCGUUCGCAACGCUCACAACAUUCGCAGCAAGAUCCGUUCUUUGGUUACAACAAAGAGACAGGUGAUGUGCCAACCUCACCGUCAUCGAGCUCGACAACCCAGCAUCAGCAUCAUCAUCAUCAUCACCAACGGCAGAAGCCUUCUGAGGUGCCCCCUUCAACGACCAACCGGUAUCCAGGCCUCUUCCCUGGUCAACAACGACCACAAAGUAAUUCGCAGGAAACCCGCCCCAGCCCAGGCCCUCAGUUCGCCAGGCGCCUGUCUCACGAGGAAGGUAUUUCAAGAAUGGGACCUGGUGGCAGUGGAGUCCCUGGUGAUGAUCGUGGUCGUUCUAGGGGAGCGUCGGCACUGUUCAAGGACAUUGGACAUCGCUUCAGGAAAUCUUCAACCGAGCGACGACACACACCUAUGGACAACCACAAUCCAUACCAGCCUCCGCAGCUUCCAGAAGCUCACCAUGAUGCAGCUUCCGUGUCUAGUGUAGCGACGGAUGGAACAAACGACCGGAAGAAGCCCAGGGCCAGUUUCAUGCUGGGUCUUCGAAGUAAGCAGAGCCGAGAAAGGCUCUCCAUGCCUCCCCCUUCACGUCCAGAAGACUUGAGGCCACACUCCGCAAUGGAAGAGAAGAGGGCAUCUCGACUCAAUCCCGGAUUGGGUUUCGAUUCUGCCCACUCAAGGCCUGCCGGUGUACCCCGCGCGGCUACAUCCAAUCUGGCCAACGAGCUGAGCCAGCAUGGAAGCGCUACUCCUCCUCCCAAGAAGCGAUUCUCAGCCUUUAAUGCUAAGGCUGCUAUGACAAACGUAUUUAACAGGCCAAGCAGUGGUACAUACGCCAAACCAGGCACUCCCACCUCCUCCAGGCCGGUUUCGAGCCAUUUAAGCGUACAACAGCCGGUAUCUCUGGAGCAAUCUCAUCUGGGUUUCGAGCGAAGCAACACUGCUGGUCCAUCCUUUAACCAAAUGCUUCCAAUCCCACCAGAUGCACCCCCUGCCGAUGCUUCAGAGCGUCGUACGAGACGUGGUUCAGCGGCUGGAUUGAUCUCUAGCCUAUUAGGACAUGGUCUCAAGAACAAAGAAGCUCAACCGAGUGCCCUAUCUCAGAUGCAACAGCAUCCUGUCCAACAGUCGCAUGAUCGCCGCUCUUCUGGGCCUCAACUCAAUCUACCUCAACAUGAAAUGCUGCAAGCACAGGAUCAAAGGUCGUCUAGUCCUCAGCCGCCCACUCCUGCUCUUCAUAUGCCUGGCGCUUUCCCCGAGACUCCUGGAAUUCCAACGCCUCAGAGCGAUGCCCCGCCUCUAUCCAGCCCCCAGCCCCAAAGACCGCAGCCAUUUGUAAAUCAACAACCGCCAAUGGCCCGCCAAAUGACUGGUGGUGCCGUUGGAAGAGAGCAGUCACCCAUGCUAACAUCUAGAUCCUCGUCGGGCGCAAUAAGAGAAAGCCAACAUGCUCAGGCAGCGUACCGAAACUCCCGCCCAUCACCACUGGGUUUUGGCUCCAUGACUCCCUCGGGGACUCCUCCGAUCGUGACGACGACGGACAACAGCCGUCAUGGCACACCUCAAACUUCUUUCAGUGUCGGUCAGAGCUUCUCUGACACUCGGGCCGAACAAAUGAGAUCAAUCUCACCAGCGGCGUCAGGCGUACGUUCUGCUCCAACAACCCAGACGUCUUUCAACAUUCCAAGCACAGCCCCGACGACACAGACUUCGUUUCACUACCCGUCGAAGUCGUUCGAAAAGCUUUCGCAGCAUAUGCAUGAGGGAGCUCCUGUUCAACGGCCCGCCACUGACUCGCCGAACAUGUCGUUCAGGCAAAACACGAGACCCGGACAAGUUGCGUCAGAUGAUGGCAUGCCUCUAUCUCCCGUGUCCCAGGUAUCGAAGACAUCACCACCCUCUGUUUCCUCAAUGGCAACACAGAGUCCUCGAUUAAACAGCUCCUUUCCUACUAGUGGAAGACGACAAUCUUCACAAAUUUCACAGCCUGAGACUCCAAUCAUUUCAGCAGUGUCUGCCAGUCCGCCAGUACAGGCAUUCACUAGCAGGAUGGGAAUGUCACCCCAGCAGCCACAGUCCUCGAACUUCCAGUCACAGACCGGUCCUCGGCAGGGUGCUUAUCCAAUGACUUUGAGUCAGCCGCCAAUGCAGCCGCAGCAGUCUGACGGAGGGUCCCCAGUCCCUCCGAAGAACGAAACGAGCCAUAUGCAGCAGCCCCAGGUUGUCGAUCAGCCAGCUCAACAAGGGAGUCCUGGAGUAUCGAAGUGGAAGGGUCUAAAGAAUCGCAUGUCUGCGCAAGUUGCGCAUAAGUCACAGCCUAACCAAGGAAAGGCCGAGGCUGAUAAAGACAAGCUGACUACAAGCAAGAUCCUAGGAGCGUUUAAACGAAGUUCCAAGGAAAACCGGCAGUCUAUGGUCAUUCCGGAUUUCCAGGCUUACCAACAGCACCAGAUGGAAGCCCCUCACCAAAGACAGCAUCCUCAGCAGCAUACUACUACUCAGGCCCCAUUCGAGCAAACGCAGUCCUCUCGUCCAUCUUCAAAUAUUGGCGGUCAGCCUUUCGGGCAAGCCGCAACUUCGCGACCGUCGUCACAUUUGAGCAAUCAGUCCCCAAUGCAGUUGCAAUAUAAAAGACAGUCCUCGAUGUUCAUUAGUCCACCUCUACCUCAGCAGCAGUUCCGCAGCUCUUCGGGAUCCAUCCCCCAAGGACAGCCAGGCAUGUAUUCGCCACAGCAAGUUCUUGCGUAUCAAUCCCCUCAACCUCAAGGCGAGCCUCUGUCCCCGAGCUCACCUACCGGCCCAACCCAUCACUUGUCGCAGCAGCAGCAGCAGCAGGGACACUACCAGUCUUCUCUCCAACACCAAGGGCAAUUCCAGUCUCCCUUCCAGCAGCAGGGCCAGUUUCAAUCUUCUCCACGACAGGGACAUUUCCAGUCUCCAUCACUUCAUCAAAGACAAUUUCCAUUGCCGUCACCACAAGGCCAGCUCGGAUCUCCCGUCCAACAUCAAGGUCAAACUCAGGCCCCUACUCAGAUUCAGGGACAGUUUCAGUCGCCUCCGCAAUCCCUAGGCCAGUGGCAACAUCAGACACAUUCGCCUAGCAACCAGUCUUUGCCCGCUCAGUCUCGACAAGCUUCCUAUCCAGGUCAAUGGCAAGGAACCAUUGGCCAGAGUUCCAAUUCGCCUGCACACCAAAGUCCCCGGCAUUCGCACUUCUCACAACAGCCUUAUAGUCCACAGCCUAUGCAUCCAAACCAGCAAAUGGCUCAUGGGGAAGAGUCGCACCCUGUCCAUGUCUCUACACCUGAAACUGUUCACGCGCCCACGCCGGUUCACGCACCAUCGCCACGCCCUUCGCUCCUAAACCUUCUCGCGUCUGGCAGCCUCGACAACGAAGAAGCUCAACAGCUAGACCUCGGUCACACUCAAGCUGUUCCACGGGACGAUCAAAGCAAUGCAAUCUCUCUGGGCAACUCCAACACACAAAGGUUCACCGGCAGCGAAGGCCCUUAUAAUAGCAGGACAAGCGGAAACCGUCAGGCCAGCGCUGGUUCAUCACCCAUCAAGCACAUUUCCCCAGAAAUCGGUACGGAGCAAAAUGGUAGCUCAAAGAACCAAGCUCCCUCCCUUCCCAUGCCUGUGUUCACUUCUGACUCUGUUGGAGGAUCUUUUAUGAGAGCCGGAGCUGCGACAAAUGCCAACGGGGGAUAUUCUUCCAAGACAGAGGAGUCUCAGGGCGUAUCUAUCAGUCCACCCACCGCGACAUCAGGCAAUGCCGGUUCAGGGCCAAUCAGGCAAUCUCCGUCAGAUAUGAGCGACUCAAGGGCUCCGUCCCAACCCAAAUCCAGCGGAGGCCCUUCGUUCCAUGCCGAACUUGAAAACACAGAAGACGCACGAAGACGCACACUGCGAAUCAACUCACAGGAAGAAAAGAUCCAUUAUGACCCUAAUGCCGAUUCGGAUGGGGAGGUGCCUGCUCAGAUGAGUGCGACUAGUUAUCCUGGGCAAGAGUGGAAUCCAUACGGCAUGACUGAAGUUGGUGAUUGGAAUGAAGCCUUGUACCGCUGA